CGCAUUCCGUUAAGUCAGCCCUAAUUUGAGGGUUUUAGACAUGGCGAUGGCGGAGGGAGAGACUGCUCCCGUUCUUGGAUCGGUCGCUGUCGUUGGAGCGGGCGCGAGUGGCCUCGCGGCAGCGUAUCGAUUGCGAGCUGCGGGGGUCUCCGUGACGGUCUAUGAAGCGGAAAAUUCCAUCGGUGGGAAGUUAAAGAGUGUUUCGGAGAAUGGAUUCAUCUGGGAGAAGGGACCGAACACAAUGACGGAAAAUGAUCCAAGCAUAAGCAGGAUGUUUGACGAUCUCCAUCUUCGCGAUAAGCAACAGUUUCCGGUGGAGCAAAAGAAACGAUACAUUGUUCGCAAUGCUUCUCCUACGAUGUUGCCCUCUAAUCCUUUGGGAUUUAUCACUACCGGUCUCUUCUCUGCUCAAGCCAAGCUUAAACUUUUGACGGAGCCGUUUUCAUGGAAGCGAACGAAAGCAGAAUCAAACGAAGACGAGAGUGUAGGAGCGUUCAUGGAGAGGCACUUUGGUGACGAGAUCGUAGAUUAUGCAGUGGAUCCAUUUGUUGCCGGGACAAGUGGUUCGGAUCCUUCCUCUAUAUCAAUCCGUCACUCGUUUCCAGAAUUGUGGUCCUUAGAGAAGAACUAUGGAUCGCUCUUCGUCGGUGCAAUUAAAUCAGGUUUUAGCAAGAAGAAGAAGCAAAAAUUGCGACCAGUGGAGUUUGAAGACGAAGAUUCUGAUUUCCCUGCUCGUACACGUCCCCGUCGUGGAGGAUCGUUUUCAUUUGUAGGUGGCAUGCAGACGCUGGCCAAUGAACUGGUCUCGAGGAUUGGAAAGGAAAAAUUCAAGCUCAAUACAUUUGUCACCGGAUUGGCAUGUAACCAACAGGGCAAUCCCUCUCGUCAAAGCUGGACAGUAACAGGUUUGGAAACAUCGGGCAAGAGAAGCAAACGCUCAGACAAAACCUUCGAUGCAGUCAUCAUGACGGCACCGGUGGACGAUGUGAGGGCAAUGAAGGUUGUCAAAGAUGGAAAGCCUUAUGCUCUUGAUUAUCUCCCAACAGUUAUCUACGAACCAAUGUCCGUGUUGAUAACAAUGUUCAACAAAGACUCCGUGAAGCGUGCACUUCCGGGUUUCGGUGUGCUGGUUCCCUCCAAAGAGCAACAAGCAAAUGGCUUUCAAACGCUGGGCACCUUGUUCUCUUCAUUCAUGUUUCCUGAUAGAGCUCCAGAAGACCAGCUGCUGUUUACGACUUUUAUAGGAGGCAGCAGGAAUACAUUGCUAGCAUCACGGUCGAAGGAAGAGCUCCUUGAUAUAACUUUGAAGGAUUUGUCUAGACUAAUUGGAGUAGAGGGUCAACCAACUGCUAUCAGGCAUGUGUAUUGGGAAAAGGCGUUCCCACGAUACAGCAUCGGCUAUGACAAUGUCUUGCAUUCUAUCCAGAAACUCGAGAGCGACCUCCCUGGACUCUUCUACGCUGGAAAUCAUCGAGGAGGAUUGGCCGUUGGGAAAACAAUUGUCUCAGGCCUUGAUGCAGCGGAGCAAGUGCUCCAAUACCUCCAAGGCUCUGGAGGCAAGAAAGUUUUCACAAUGGCGUCGUUGGAACAGCCUGUGAGCUAGUUAUGCAAGAAUUCAAAGAGAAAGGUACAUAGCUUUUAAUAUACCGGGCCGAGCGUACAACCAUCUUAGCUAGCUUGGCCCUUGCAAGCUUC